AUGACAAUUCCUGAUUUCAAAUUAAAUGAUGGUAAUUCAAUUCCUGCUUUAGGACUUGGUACUUGGCAAUCAACACCUGAUGAAGUUUAUAAUGCAGUUCUUGAAGCUUUAAAAAUUGGAUAUCGUCAUAUUGAUACUGCUGCAGCUUAUGAAAAUGAAGAAAGUAUUGGUAAAGCAAUUAAAGAUAGUGGUAUACCAAGAGAAGAAAUUUUUAUAACUACUAAAUUAUGGAGUACAUUUCAUAAGAAUCCAGAAUUAGGAUUAAAAGAAAGUUUACAAAAAUUAGGAGUUGAAUAUAUUGAUUUAUAUUUAAUUCAUUGGCCAGUUAUGUUGAAUCCAAAUGGAAAUAAUUGGAAAUUUCCAACUCUUGAAAAUGGUAAAAGAGAUAUUGUACAUGAUUGGAAUUUUAUUAAAACUUGGGAAAAGAUGCAAAAUUUAGUUGGUAAAGGUACUAAAUCUAUUGGAGUUUCAAAUUUUGAUAUUGUUAAUUUAGAUAAAUUAUUAAAUGCUGAUACUACAACUAUAAUUCCUGCUGUUAAUCAAGUUGAAUUACAUCCUAAUUUACCUCAACAUAAAUUAUUGGAAUAUAGUAAAUCCAAAGGUAUUCAAUUAGAAGCUUAUAGUCCAUUAGGUUCAACUAAUUCUCCAUUAUUGAAAAAUGAACAAUUGGUUAAAAUUGGUGAAAAAUAUGGUGUUUCUAGUGCCACUAUAUUAAUCUCUUGGUCAAUUUGGAGAGGUGUUGUGGUUUUACCUAAAUCUGUUACUCCAAGUCGUAUUGAAUCUAAUUUUAAGAUUGUUAAAUUGGAUGAUGAAGAUGGUAAAAUCAUUGAUGAUUUAUAUAAAACUAUUGGUGUUAAAAGAAUCAUCAACCCAGAUUGGGAUCCAGUAACUGUUUUCCAUAGUGAUGAUUAA